AGUCCUUUGUGUCAAAAUGAACAAUCUUUGAGAAAAAUCUGGAAAACAGUUAAAUCUGAAAAAUGGGAGAAAGAGUAAGGAGCCCAGAUUCUGAACACGACAGGAAGUCAGAUGGAGAUAAAAAUAGUGACUCCUAUUAUUCAGAUGAAAAUAAUACAUCUCCUUCAUCUGGCCAGUCACCCACACUAAGCUAUCCAUCUACAAGCCAAGAAAAAAGAGAUCACAAAACACAACCUUCAAACAGCCUUGUGCAGUACCAAGCCACAAAGAAAUUGGGUUCCAAAUAUGCACCAAGCAAAAGAGGGACGCGAUGGGGUUUCCGUUCUCAGAGCCUCACUAGGGAUUCUCCUGAAAAAGAUAUAGAUCUUGUUACAAAAAGAGUUCUUUCUGCCAGGCUGCUGAAAAUCAAUGAGCUCCGAAAUGAGCUGACCGAACUGCACAUCAAACUAGAUGAGCUGCAGAAGGAAAACAGGGCACUGAAGAGGCUUCAGCACAGGCAGGAGAAAGCCUUGAAUAAGUUUGAAGAUACGGAAAACGAAAUCUCUCAGCUUCUUGCUCGGCACAACAAUGAGAUUAGAAUAUUAAGGGAGCGCCUGCGAAAAUCUCAAGAGAGAGAACGUGCAACUGAGAGACGGCUGAAAGAUUCGGAAGAAGAACUGUACAGAACAAAAGCUGUCUUACAGAAACUGAAAAAGCUGUCUGCAGAUAAGCACCUUGCUGAAAGAGAUGACCUGGCAAAGAAACUAGCCUGUGCAGAGAGCAGACUAGAGGACAGUGAAAAAAGAAUUAAG